AUGUUGGGUAACUACAACAUCAGCACGGCCAAAGAAAACUUCCUCAAGGCCAAACCUCGAAAACUGCUCUUUCCAGUCAUCUAUCUCACGAUUUUCAUCUUGUUUGUACGAACUGCAAUCGAGCACUCGAGAAAUGAUGGAAAUUCAUGGAGUGUCAGCUUUGGGACCGAUAACUCAACUCAUGUAGCUCACCACGAUCUCACACCAACACUCUCAUCAGAAGAUCUCGAAGCAAAGCCCCAGCCCCCUACCGCAAAUCUAACAAGCAGCAACAAGGUAGCCGUGAUAAUCGAGACCCGACGCUCCGGCAACAUCAUUCCUCUCAUUCUCCAUUUCAGCGCCGUCCUCGGACCGACCUGGCCGCUCAUCAUCUACACGUCCGCGGAGAACUUCGGAUCCUUCUCCACCUCAGCCGCGCUGCUCCGUCACCAGCACGCGGGCCGCAUCAUCGUGCGCUCGCUUGCGGCCGGCACCUGGUUCUACAACUGGGAUUCCGUGUCUGCGUUUCUGACGACGCGCUGGCUGUGGGAGGAUCUGGCGCCCGCCGAACACAUUCUGCUGUUUCAGUCGGAUAGCAUGUUGUGUGCGAAUGCCGCGAGGAGUGUAGAUGAUUUUAUGGAGUAUGAUUUGAUUGGUGCGCCUAUCGAACCAAAGUUCGGGCAGGGAUAUAAUGGCGGCUUGAGUAUGAGGAGUAGGAAGACUAUCUUGAGGGUGUUGGAUGAGUGGAAGUAUAGUGAUGAUCCGCAUCCGGCGGAGGAUCAGUGGUUUUACGCUAGGUUCAAGGAUUUACAAGAUCGAGAGAUUGAGGAGGGUAUUGAGGAUGGAAUUAAUUUACCUAGUAUGGAGAUUGCAAGAACAUUCGCAGUGGAGACAAUUGAUCAUCCUCAUCCUCUAGGCCUCCAUCAACCUACAAGAUACAUUCAGCAACACAUGAUGAGCUUGGAUGAAUGGUGUCCGGAAUAUAAAUUGGCUACUACAGAUCGGAUAUCUUGA